AUGGAUGCCCUCGUCGCGCAAUAUUCUCGGCCGCGAUGUCAAGAGCUGGCCUACUCAGAGCAAGAUGAGCAGGAAAUCACAACGAUUCUCCCUCCAUUAUCCCUGAGGUUUGAUCUACCUCCAAUCUCUCAACCCGCUUCAUUCCUCCGAGCCAUGACAGAUGACCAUGCCAAUCCCGACUGCCCAAUCAAGAUUGCCCACGGAACUACAACCCUUGCCUUCCGAUUCCAAGGUGGAAUAAUCGUUGCUACAGAUUCGAGAGCGACAGCGGGGAACUGGAUCGCAAGUCAAACGGUCAAAAAAGUCAUCGAAAUCAAUAACUGUUUGCUAGGAACAAUGGCUGGCGGUGCUGCGGACUGCCAAUACUGGCUGGCAUAUCUAGGCAUGCUCUGCCGCCUUCAUGAACUCCGUCAUAAACGUCGAAUCUCCGUCGCCGCAGCUUCCAAACUCCUCGCAAACCUUGUCUAUGAUUACAAGGGCAUGGGUCUGAGCAUGGGUACAAUGUGCGCUGGUGUCACUCCCCAAGAAGGCCCUGCUUUAUAUUACAUCGAUUCAGACGGUACCCGCUUAGCUGGCAAUCUCUUCUGUGUUGGUUCCGGUCAGACGUUCGCAUAUGGUGUGUUGGACGCAGAGUAUCGUUAUGAACUAAGUGAGAAAGAGGCACUCGAUCUGGGGCGAAGAAGUAUCCUGGCUGCCAUGCAUCGUGACGCCUAUUCUGGUGGUUCGGUCAAUUUGUAUCACGUCAAGGAAGAUGGUUGGGUUAAACAUGGCUUCAGCGACAUGAACCCAAUAUUCUGGAAAGAAAAGUUAGAGACCGGUGAAUUCUCGAAUGUGCCAAUGAAACUGGAGUGA